AUGAUAGCCCAGUACAUCGAGGGACAUCAGAGUUCGUGGGAUGUGCUGCUACCAGAGAUAUCGUUAGCGAUCAACUCUAGUGUCGCGGAUUCUACUGGAUUCACGCCUGCGUUCCUGAUGAUGGGUAGAGAGCCUCGCCUCCCGUCUACCCUUUACGACGAGGUCACUCCCGGGUCGGCAACGAGGGAAGUCGACUUAGAGACAAGGAAAGAGACGAUGAAACAAAUCUUCGAAGUGGCCCGUAAUAAUUUGCAAAAGGCGUCGAAGGACCAAGGCAGGUAUUACAAUCUGCGCCGACGAGAGUGGAGACCCGCGCUAGGGUCGAUGGUUCUGCUGCGGCAGCACCAGCUGUCCAGCGCAGCGGAGGGCUUCGAGGCGAAAUUGGCGCCCAAGUUCGAGGGCCCCUACAGGGCCAUCGAGCAUUGGCACGCCGCUCGAAUGAAAGAGACUCCAUUGCAUGAAACCCCGCUAUCCCCUCUACCACCUCUUUGA